AAAGAGGAGCGGAAGUGUUUUGUCUGUGUGGAUUUGAAACCGACUUAUUUUGCUCCAGUUAAAAAUUACAAUUACAUUUUCGAAAUCAAAUAAAAUACGAAAAAAAAGUACAAAAAAGUACUUGAAUCCCAGUGAGAAUUUAGCGGCCAAGAAAAUACAAAAAAAAUGUCUGUGUUAUAAAAUUUGAAAUGGUGUGUAUAAGGGGUUGCCUAUCGCUUAAUGACAGAUAUUUUAAUUAAGGACCCAAAAUGACUCACAACAUUCACGGCACGUUCGUUUCGGAAAAAGUGAACAAAAUCCGUUGGCGGCCCGACUUUAUGAACGACUCGCAUUAUUUUAUAACCGGCAGUUGGGACAACGACCAAAACAGUAUCAAACUUUGGGAUUUUCAAGAAAACGAAGAAGACGCCGAAGUUUACCCAUUCCUAGUAGCUGAAUUUCCCCACAGUGGGGAUGUAACCGAAGCCAAAUUUCUGAACGGCGAUUUAUUCGUUACGUCUUCAUCUGCGGGCUCUGUCAGUCUGAUGAAAAUCAGUUCAGAGCACGGAAUCGACCCUUUAAUUGAGAGAAGAAUUUUCUGGGAGGCAAUUCACAAAUUUCCCAAUGGGGAGACCAGCCCUUGCACCGCCUUCUGCACCUACGACAACGACAUCGUGAGCGUUGGCGAAGACGGCUCUAUUAAUUUAUUAAACGCCCAAAAUCAGAACGUUUUCCGUAGAAUAGACCCCGCCGAUAGUUGCUCCAUUCAUUGCGUGGCUUUUUUGAAACACAGCGAGAUUUUGACUGGCAAUUUACGCGGCCAGUUGAAAAUUUUCGACAUUAGGGCCCCCCAAACCGAGCCCUCGACCACUUUCAUGUUGAGUGGGGAUCAAAUUUCGCCGCUGUGUCUCCAAAACCACCCCACACAGAGGCAUCUGGUGGUGGCAGGCGACGAGGAAGGGUCCAUCACAAUAUGGGACUUGCGCCAAAACACGUACCCGGUGAAUCUCUUAGAUGCGCAUGAGGGGGGCGUCAUGGAGAUACAUUUCCAUCCAGAUCAUCCAGACCAGCUUUUUACUUGCUCCACGGCCGGCGACGUUUGGCAUUGGUCCCCGAAAACUGGAGCUGGUUCUAGCUUGCUCAAUGGGGAGAAUGUUUGGUUGGCGUCUGACACCAUAAAAAACAAAUUGGACGUUUUCACCCUAAUGCCCAAAUUGCACAAACCAAUCAAUAGUUUGGAUGUUAACAGGAAUAAAGUUCUCUGCGGGUGCGACAACGAAGCGGUUUAUUUGAUCAACGGAGUUAAUGUCUUUAAAUAACGGUUUUUUAAUAAAAUUUUCAACUAAAUAA